AUGUUUAGCACGAAAACAAAAGCGCACGUUGGCAAGCAAACGUGAAGGAGAAGGAGAAAGGAGAAGGAAACCAUGAGUUUCCAAGAACUGAAUUGACUCGUAGUCGUCGCGACUGCAAAUCUGAUUUAUUUAAGAGAGAGAUUCAACAAUUCGAAUUGUAAUUAUCAUCAUCGUUGGUGUUUUUUCGAUUUUCUGUUCAGAUAUGGGUAGUUUCUUCUGCGAUUUCCGGUUCCUACUUUUCGUUGCAGCCGUGGCGUUCAUCUACAUCCAGAUGCGGCUAUUCGCGACCCAAUCACAAUAUGCAGAUCGUCUAGCUGAUGCAGUUGAGUCAGAGAAUCACUGUACCAGUCAAAUGCGAUUACUAAUUGAUCAGAUAAGCAUGCAACAAGGACAAAUUGUGGCCCUUGAAGAAGAAAGGAAACACCACUUUGACGAACGUAUCCAGCUGAAGACUCUACUUCAAGAUCUUGAAAGCAAAGGUCUGCAACAACUUACAGACAAAACACAGGUGCCUGUGGCAGCUGUUGUAAUUAUGGCAUGCAAUCGUGCAGAUUAUCUGGAAAGGACUAUUAAGUCUGUUCUAAAAUAUCAAACAACCGUUGCUUCAAAAUAUCCUGUUUUUGUUUCCCAGGAUGGUACAAACCCCGAUGUAAAAAGAAUGGCUCUUAGCUAUGAUCAGUUGACCUAUAUGCAGCAUUUAGAUUAUGGAGAAGUGGAAACUGAAAGGCCAGGGGAGUUGAUUGCAUAUUACAAAAUUGCACGUCAUUACAAAUGGGCGUUGGAUCAGUUAUUCUACAAGCAUAAUUUCAACCGUGUGAUUAUCCUUGAAGAUGAUAUGGAAAUUGCUCCUGAUUUUUUCAGUUACUUUGGGGCUGCAGCAAUGCUACUUGAAAAGGAUAAGACCAUAAUGGCCGUCUCUUCAUGGAAUGACAAUGGACAAAAGCAGUUUGUGCAUGAUCCUUAUCUAUUGUAUCGCUCAGAUUUCUUUCCAGGACUUGGUUGGAUGUUGACUAAAUCUAUUUGGGAUGAGCUAUCACCGAAGUGGCCCAAAGCUUAUUGGGAUGACUGGUUGAGAUUGAAGGAGAAUCACAAAGGUCGCCAAUUUAUUCGUCCAGAAGUGUGCAGAACAUAUAAUUUUGGUGAGCAUGGCUCCAGUAUGGGCCAAUUUUUCAGGCAAUACCUCGAGCCAAUCAAGUUGAAUGACGUUCAAAUCGACUGGAAGUCUAUGGAUUUGAGCUACCUGAUGGAGGACAAAUAUGUGAAGUACUUUGCAGAUGUUAUUAGAAAUGCAAAACCCGUUUAUGGAAAUGAUGCAGUUAUGAAGGCUUUUAAUACUGUUGGUGAUGUUCGAAUCGAGUACCGAGACCAGCCAGACUUUGAUCGAAUUGCUCGGCAGUUUGGAAUUUUUGAAGAAUGGAAGGAUGGUAUACCAAGGACAGCAUAUAAAGGAGUGGUUGUUUUUAGACACCAGACCCAAAGGCGUGUAUUCCUGAUUGGCCCGGAUUCUCUAAAGCGUUUGGGAAUAUAAAGUGCAUGUUGUUAUACGAGAGACAGGAGGCGAUCGAGCUACUAAUUAUUCGAACUCAAGAACUUCUCUAACUGCCCCAUUCUCAACUUACUGCAUAGGCAAUAUGGAGUUCCACUGGUUGGUUUUAUUCUCGGACGACCGAAUACGCGCUGCUGAUUACAGGCAAGAAAAAUACUUGAUGAACAUUUUAAUUUGGUAAGGUGAAGUAGUAGUUGAGAAUUAGCAUGUUAAUUUAAUGUGUAUGAUGUGAGCUUCAGAUCUGGAUGUGAAUUCAAAUGUUUUUUUUCAAAAUAUAGUGGGGUUUUGCCAAUUUCUCACUAUCACGGUAAUAAGAGCGAGAACAUAGCAUUCUUAUAUUGUUGGU